AUGAUAUACGGCCAGGAUAACUGGGCAUUGGUGACCAAGAUGCUCAAGUCUACUUAUUCGUCUUUGAAUCCUCUCCCUCCAGGAUGGACGGAGCAUAAAGCUCCAUCAGGUCAUCUGUAUUAUUACAAUGCGGAAACAAAGCAGUCAACAUAUAGAAGGCCUCCUGCAGUCCCCGCAGGCUUACAGCCAGCCGCAGCUCUCCCUCCCCGACCUGCUUUCGGCUUCCCAGCACAUCCUCAAGUUGGCCCUGCUCCGGGCUUCGGGUAUCCAGUACCACAGGGAGGAGGCCUGCCUUUUAACAUCGCAGACAGUUUUGAUAAAUUCCGCAGAGACGGUGCGGGAGACGGACGACGGCAAGUUCGACGACCCCGCCACCUUGAGGAUAGACCGAAAUCCAAGCAUACAAUUCCCGGAUGCGAGCCGUGGGCUCUCGUAAAAACAAAAUUAGGUCGUCGGUUUGUUCAUAACCCCGACACCAAUGAGAGCUUUUGGAAAUUUCCACAGGAUGUUUUGAAAGGAGUGAUUGAGUACGAUCGUCUGGAGCGGGAAAGAAAAGAAAGACGGGAGAGAGGGGAAUUAAGUGAGGAGCAAGAAGAGGACAGAGGCUUCAAAAGAGUGUCGUUGGAAUGGGGACGGUCAGCAUCUGUUGCAAACGAAGCAGAAGGGAGGAAAGAGGAAGAUAGUGACGAAUAUGAGGAGGUUGAGGUCACUGAUGACGAAGCCGAGGACAGAGAAGGAGAGGAUAUACAAUCCAAAAGGUUGAGAACCGAAGGGGAAAAUGCAAACCAGCCUGGAUAUAUUGAGUUCAACGAAGAUGAUAUUGAAUACCAGCUCGCAGCCAUGGGCGAGGAGUAUGGACUAGAUCCAGGAGAGUACGGAGAACCUGGAGAGGAAGGAUGGGAGGAAGGGGCAGAAGGGCUGCCACUAACGGAAGAGGACUCAACGACGCUUUUCCGCGACCUACUUGAUGAUUUCCGAAUAAAUCCGUAUACCCCCUGGGAGAAAAUCAUCGAAGAGGGUAAAAUAAUUGACGAUGCGAGGUACACCAUACUCCCCAAUAUGAAAUCGCGACAGGAGGCGUGGUCCAACUGGAGCCGCGACCGGAUGCAAGAACUGAAGGAACGAAGAGAAAAAGAAGUAAAGAAGGACCCUAGAAUCAGAUACCUGGCGUUUCUACAGGAACAUGCGACGCCGAAAUUGUACUGGCCUGAAUUCAAGCGCAAAUAUAGAAAGGAGCCUGAAAUGAAGGAUAUUCAACUAUCAGAUAAAGACAGGGAAAAGCUUUACCGUGAUCAUAUACCACGCCUCAAGCUCCCGGAAGCCACUCGAAAAUCAGAUCUAUCCACUCUCCUAAAGUCUACUCCCCUACACGCUCUCAACAGAUUGUCGACACCAGAUAUGCUACCUGCCAGCAUCCUCACGGACCUUCGAUACAUCUCCUUACCACCAGAAAUUCGCGAUCCUCUAAUCGAAGCAUAUAUAUCAACAUUGUCCCCAGCUCCUGAACCGAAAGGCAUAUCCACGGAGGAACAGAUGGAGCGUGACAAACGACGAGCUGAGAGGGAGAAGCGGUAG